AUGUUGGUGCAGUUAGAAAGUGAACGGGACUUCUUAGACGCCGUAAUAACAGGCUACGAAUCAUGGGCAUUCCAGUACGACCCCGAAAUCAAGCGCCAAAGUUCGGAGCGGCACACCGCGAACUCCCCGCGCUCCAAGAAAGCGAGAAUGUCGAAGUCCGAGGUAAAGACAAUCUUCAUUGUCUCUUUUGACAAGCGUGGGGUGGCCCACAAAGAAUUUGUACCUUCGGGAGGAACCGUCAAUGCCGCGUUCUACAAAGAAGUCCUUGACCUCCUUCACAGAGCCGUGAAACGGAAACGACCGGAUAUUGCUGAUCGCUGGAAGCUCCACCACAACAACGUUGUAGCCCACACCGCCUUUGCUGUGACCACCUACCUGGCCCGGAUAGAGGUUGUAACAUUGCGGCAGCCACUGUACAGCCCCGAUGCGAGCCCAACAGACCUUUUGCUGUUCCCAAAGCUCAAGAGAAGCCUGAAAGGUCACCUUUUCGACAAUGGCAUGCCAACUAUUUCUAAAGUUUGUUGCAAGGAAUAG